UCUGAACCUAAUGAACAUGACAGUCUAGUUUAUGAGAUGAAAAUAAAAUGUACAAAAAAGGAUUUAGAUGCAUUAGCACACAAGCAGUUUAUUAGUUUUCCAGUUUACGCAAAACACAUAAAAUGGWUGCCAUUAGGCAAUCAAAAAGAUAUUUUCACGGAAAAAGAUGUUGGGAUAAUUAGUGAUGAUAUUCUCAUUGCAAAGUUAAGACCAGGACAAGAAAUUGAACUUAAAAUGUUUGCAGUCAAAGGAAUACCUAAAGACCAUGCUAAAUUUCAAAGUGUUUGCACAGCGUGGUAUAGAAUGAUGCCAAAUAUUAAAUUGCUUGAUGAAAUUAAAGGAAAUGAUGCAGUAUUAUUACAAUCAUGCUUUCCUAAGGGUGUUAUUGGAUUGAAAAGUGUGAAAGGUGUCCUUAGUGCGUUUGUAGAAGAUUCUCGAAAAGAUAAUAGUUCCAGAAAUGUAUUUAGAUACAAACAAUUUGAUAACAAAAUUUUACUUACUAAAAUUCAAGACCAUUUUAUAUUUACAAUUGAAUCAAUCGGUGCAAUGGAUCCAAGCUUAAUUUUCUUAGAAGCAUUAAAUAUUUUAACUAGAAAAGUUAAUAGUGCCUCAGAAUCAGCAUUAAACCAAACUGAAAUCUAAUUUUAAUAUAUUUGUGACUUGAAUGUUAUUAUUACUUAAUAUAUAUUAUG